AUGGCCUACAAGCACCUAGAGGUCCACGAGACUCAGCUUCUCGGGUAUCAGGGUGCCUUAUCCGAGGAGAAGAGCAGCCGGAAGGAUUCAAUUCCUUGGCUCAACUCAAAAGACAAGCAAUGCAGUCUUCAAAAAGCGCACAAACACGGAUGGAAGCCGUUAACAAUAAGCGCACCGGUGCUCUUCUCUUUUGCCUUCAUUUCCUUUGUUAUCGCCGCCAUUAUUGAAGUCCUCGCACAGCAAAGCAACAAAAACGGAGGCCUUGCUCUUUCCCCCACCGCAACCGACAUCCCGGGUUACGCGAAGUUCGGUUAUCUUUUCUUACCUACAAUUGUUGCCGUUGUAUACAGUCUACUUUGGAGUUGGAUCGACCUGGAUGUGAAGCGGAUACAACCAUGGCUUGAAAUGUCACGGCCAGGGGGUGCCACUGCGAUGCGUUCAGUCUUUUUGGACUAUCCUUAUGACUUUGUUGCCUUCGUUCCAAUGAGGGCGGCGAAGAGACGCCACUGGGCCGUGUUUUAUAGUGGAACGGUAAUGGUAAUGAUCUUUUGGCUAAUCACUCCCCUUCUGGCUGCAAUCAUGGGUAGUGGACCAGUUGAUAUGCGGCGUGAAGUGGUUGUGUCCACGAAUGAGGUUGUCCGACCGGCUUCAGAGCAAGUCGAAACAAUGGAUCAAUCCAUCCUCAACGAGGGCUAUGCUAUCACUUGGUUGGAUCAGCCAUAUCCGCCUUACACUACUGCUGAUUAUACACUACUACCGUUUGUGGUAGAUAGCGACACAAAACGAGCGUCUUCAACGAAUUGGACUGGAACUACAACCAAGUACUGGACUCAACUUGAUUGCUGGCCAGCUGAAAUCCAUCCGGGAUCCUCAACGUAUGAUUUCCUUGACGGCAGAGGUUGUAAUGCCAGUGACAUUACACCCUAUGGCUUCAUACCAAGCGUCGAACAACCCUACAAGAUGCAGUACAUCGGCUAUCACAACAGCGCCUGGGCGGACUACUGGCUGUCCAUGACAUGCUCCAAAGCCGCAUCUCACCAAUUCCUGGCAAUCUGGGCUAGGUACAGAGAGAAGGAGGAAGUCAGCUCCGUCUUCUGCGAGACAAGUUAUUUCAAGCAGCAAGUUAAUGCCACUGUCUUUGCUGAUACGAAAAAGCCUCACGAGGACUCCAUCGUGCCAGUUGGCCCUAGAGAGAAACUGUCAUCGACGGAAUUCAACUCUUCUGCUUUUGAACACCUCUUAGGCGCCGGCGUCUCAUCUACUGAACUCGAGACAACGCGGGAGCAUCCUUUCGGACAACUGCUAGAACAGCACCAUCAAGUCAAGCAAUUUGGCCUGAGGUGGCCAUCAUCGCCACUGGUAGGUUUCGCUAUUGGUUCUCAAAACAUAUCUUCGCUCGAUGUGUUUCAAGACAACGAUUUCUUGGGCGAUGCAUUCAAUGCCACACACAAGCUACUGUUCUCUCUCGCAUUGCGCCGCAUGCUCACAAACUCUUCAACCGAGGCCACAGAGCAGGGUGUGGCGGAUAUUGUACGGCACGGCAUCAUUGUCAGUCGGCUUUUUUCGGCUUUGGUCGAAGGGCUUCUAUUUUUGGUCGGAAUUUUCUCAUUGCUCCUGUGGUGGCAUGGCAAGAGAGCACCGAGUUGCCUCAACGCGGACCCGGCUUCCCUUGGAUCACUAAUGAGCAUAUGCCAAAACAGCUCGACUUUGUUGGAAAAAUUCUCCGGAAAAGGCUGCCUACCCGAUGAAAAACUCCAAGAAGCAUUCCAGGAUAAAAGGUUCCAGUUGAUCUGUGGAUGUCAAAGCCGGUCAGGUGAGAUGGUCAUUAAGGUCGUCGAUACUCGAGAAGAAUUCGUUGAGAGUCAGCGUAUCAGCUUGCCCGAGCCCGAUAUGGCUCUCUCUGUGGGUCAUUACUCGCCUGUGAAGCCACUUGCGCUGAGACGCGAGGUUGGUUUCUUGGUCAUACUGUUGAUGGCUGGUGCCGUAACUGCAUUGAUCUACUUGAAGUUACAGGAACAGCGCAUUGGAGGACUCAUCAGACCGACGACAAACUUCGAGGUUCUCCAAAUUCUCGAGAACUACGUGCCAACGGUGUUCGCAACCCUACUAGAGCCGUUUUGGGUCCUAUUAAAUCGACUACUCUGCACUCUCCAACCCUUCAAAGAUCUCUGGGCAGGCCAACGACCCGCCAAAGGCUCUAUCAACGCCAGAUAUACCUCCGUACCUCCCCAGUUCGUCCUUUUUCGCGCGGCUAAGUCUGGCCAUUUGAUUUUGGUGGGAAUCUGUCUCUUGGCAGUUCUUUCUAACUUGCUUGCGGUUGGACUUGGUGGUCUCUUUAACGAGUUUCCAGUUGUUGUUAAUAAAACUUGCGACUUCCAGCAGUCGAUGAAGCCACUGAUGAACAACGAUACGGUCAACGGAGUUGUGAGCAAACAGACUUUCAGCGCUAAUGUCAUUUCCUACGAAUCACAGUUUUACAUCGCGAUGAACAACGUCACCCAGGGCACUCCCUUACCGGCGUGGGUGAAUCAGGGAUACUUCUUCCAACCUUUCAAAACAAUACCAGGGGACGUGAAUCAGGGCGACGCAUAUAAGGCUUCAACCAGAGGAUUUGGGGUUGAACCAUCUUGCUCGGCCGUCAGCACAGUCAAGAGUCGAGGACGAGCUCCAAUUCUGAAUUACACCUUUGCCCGCGACGGGCAGACAGUUCCCGACUGUCCUACAACAUAUCAGGAACCAAAAUUGGACCUGAACAAAACCAAUCCAAACCUACCGAGUGGUCCCUCAACAGCCGAAGUCGUGACCACGCUCACCCGAGAUACCGGUAGUUCGCCUUGCGAGAUCCCGCUUGUUCUCAGCUGGUCACGAAGUUCAGAGGUAUUGGACAAAGAGGAUGGCGAGAUGGAAACUUGGUUCGUCGUGUGCACGCCCGUCUUUACCACCAGCAUGUUCGACGUCACCGUGGAUCCGCAAGGCCACGUUCUCAAUGCGAUCCAGACAUCAGAGGCCUCCCCAACGCUCGAUUAUCCCCUCUCUACAAACAACACGGACGUCAUCACGACAUACUUGAAUCGCAUACUCAGCGGAGCCCCCUUCCCCUGGCACAACGACACCCUGUCCCGCGACUGGAUGAACUACCUACUAAAGAUCCAGCCCGGUAACGCCAAAAUUCUUGACCCUCUAACGACCCCGAACACCGCCGCUCUGGUCCCAUCGAUCGAUGCAGUCUACCGCCAGCUCUACGCCAUACUUCUCAGCCUAAACACUCAAUUCUUCGAAAAGUACGCGGAACCGAUCACGAUCACGGGUACCGAACGACACACCGAAACCCGCAUUUUCAUGGACAACACCGCCUUCAUCAUCAGCCUCUCCGUGCUAGGCCUCAACAUCAUCGUAGCCGUCCUUCUCUACGGCGGCUCAAUCAAGCACUUCCUCCCGCGGUUACCCACGACCAUAGGCUCCUUGCUCGCCUACGUCGCGCCUAGUAGGGCGGUGCGCGAGUACGACGGGCCGAACAGCCUCACAACCGCGACCUUCAGUUUCGGACGAUAUGUCGGCGACGACGGCCGUGCACAUGUGGGCAUUGAAAUGGAUCCUCUGGUUAUACCCGUGAAACUGUCCGCGCUGAAGAAGGGCGAUACGGAACCGAGAACGGGACUGCUCCGGAGGGUUUUGGGACGCAAGAAGUCGGGACGAGGGGAUACGUGGCUCUGA